AUGACUAUGGACUAUUUAUUAUAUCGGUAUAAAGAAGAAGUGCGAGUUCUAAAGGGGAUCUCUAUAAGCUAUAAACCAGGAAUUGAAUUCUUUUUUGGUAAUUUAGAUCCUAUUGAAGUUAUAUCCAAUUCAUUAAAUAUAAUCCAAAAUUUAGUUACAAAUUAUGAAUCAUAUAUUAACAUAAUUACUCAUUUUCAAGAUAUGAAAAUUAAAAUCCCCAAUAAGGUAAAUUGUCAAAUUCUUCAAGAUUGUAAUCGAUUAAAUUCUUGUUUACAUGAUUCAAUUAUAAUUUGUAAAGAUCGAAUUCAAACUUUAGAAUGUAAAAUUCAUGAAGAAUUUGUUAAAUUGGCCAAUGCAAUUAUUCAUGUGAAUUUAUAUCGAGUUGAUUUACAAUCAGAAGUGAUCUCAAUAACUUCUAGUAGUCUUGUCAUUGAUAGAUAUCCAUUGAUCUAUAAACAUAACACCCUGUUGAUAUCAAGAGACAAGAUCGUCGACAUCCAAGGGGAGGAGGCAAUAGAAGAAGUGGAAUCAAUUUUGAAACGUCCAUUUGGUAUUGAUUUUGUCACUCGAGAAGCAUUUUAUCAAAAUUUAAAUAAUAGUUCUCAAUAUUUACGGCGGGAUAAGGAUCAGGAAUUGUUUCUUUUGGGAUAUAAGUUUAAUAAUAUCUAUAUUGUAUUUCGACCAAUUGAAGAUGAGAAGAUUCUUGAUCAUAGACUACCUAAACAAGUUGAAGAUUUGUCAAUUAUAGGGAAAUUGAAUAAUAAAUCUAAGGAUAAUUAUGAUUUAAAUCUACAGUUUGAUCUUGCCAAGGAUAGAAUACCAAGAUGUACCAAUCCAAAUACAUCAAUUAUAUUAUUUGAUCCACCUAAUUUCAAAAACCUCGAAUAUUUUUCAAUACGACCAAUCCUAUUACAAUCAAUAGAUGAAGAGAAGUCGGGGUCUCCUGAAACUCAAAGCGCGGUUUCUAAAUUAGAAAAAUAUGAACCAAUAACUUCAAUUAAUCAAUACCAGUCAUAUAUUUCCGAUGAUGUUGUUUUGGAUAAAAUAAAUCAACUAUAUAGAAAUAGACUAGUGUUUGAAGAUUGGUAUGAUGAUCUACAUGGGAAAACUCACUUUAAAUAUCCUCCUCAGUUACGAUCAAUACGCAAGUCAUUAGCUGUCAAUAUUUUAGUUCCAUUGGUUCAAUUCAUUCAAUAUAUUUUAAUCAUUUCAAUAUAUUUACUUAAUUUCAAAAUCAUAGGAGAGAUCAAUCUAGUUACUAUUUCCAAAACAUUCCGACAACUUGAUCUUAGAUUAAAACAAUUCAAUUAUUUCCCAAUUCAAUUCUUAUGUUAUUAUGAUCGAAAUAUUUUAUAUUCUGAAGAUUCAAUGAUUAUUAAGAAUUUAAAAUUACCAAUCUUUAACAAAAACCUAAACAUCAAUAAUUCCAACUAUAUUAAUCUUUAUAAUUCAUUAUGGUUAAUAUUUAACGAUAUCCUAAUUGGAAUAACUGUGUAUCAAUUAGUUGAAGAUAAUUUCGAAAAAAUCGAAGAGUUCAUUCGAGAAAGUAUAAUCCAACAACAUCUAUUUGAUCAAUUAGUAGAUUUAAUCAAUUGGGUAUCCACCAAGAAUCCUGCUGGGUUUAAAUUAAAUAACGAAUUAGGAAAAUUUAUGGGUGAUUUAUAUAUUUGGGCUUUAUGGUUUUGGAAAUUAUUUGUAUUCCAAAUCAGUCCCAAAUUCCCCGUUUCGUUAUCAAUUAUGAAUAUUUGUAAAUUCUUAUGUUAUUUCGGGGGAUUUUCAUUCUUAUUAAGUUUUUUAAUGGAUUGUAUGAAUAUAUUAACAAUUCAUACAUAUGGAUUUUAUUAUUGUUCUACUAGAAUCUAUUAUCGACAAAUUCAAAUCCUAAAAUCAUUAUUCCAAUUAUUUAGAGGAAAGAAAUAUAACGUUUUAAGAAAUAGAAUUGAUAAUUUGAAUAAUUAUGAUGAUGGCAGUCCAUCAUUUGAAAUUGAUCAAUUAUUAUUAGGAACUUUGAUUUUCAUGAUACUUAUAUUCCUAUUACCCACAGUAUUUGCGUUUUAUUUUAUGUUUGUAAUAAUGCAUGUCCUAACAUUAAUGAUGUUUAAUUUUUUGGAAAAUAUUCAAAUAAUCCUAAAUUUUACUCCAUUAUUUGUCAUCUUGUUAAAAUUAAAAAAUUCAAAACGACUCCAAGGGGGGAUUAAUUUCGAUUAUAUUGAUUAUAAAAAUGGAACGACCUAUAUCAAAAUGUCAAACAAAUCAUUAACAAGUUCGGAAAUAUUUACGAAUUUUAUUAAGUUAUUUAAAAGAGCUAAAAAUUUUAGAACUUCAAUUAUUCAGAAUUUCAUUAGUGGGGAACUUAUUGCCAUUAAGUAUGAUAAUAGUUUGAAAUUCCAUUAUUUGAUGUUGCCUGACGAAUAUGGUGAAACGAUUAAUUCUUAUAUCAACAGUAUUCAAAGAACAAAGAUGUCAUUACCAGCUUCCUUUGACUUAACUCCAGAAGACGCUAAAUUGUUAUUAGCUGCCAACGUUCACUUAGGUUCUAAGAACGUUCAAGUCCACAACAAGCCAUACGUUUACAAGACCAGACCAGAUGGUGUUAACAUCAUUAACAUUGGUAAGACUUGGGAAAAGAUUGUCUUAGCUGCCAGAAUCAUCGCUGCUAUCCCAAUCGCUUCCGAUGUUGCUGUCUGUUCUUCAAGAACUUUCGGUCAAAGAGCUGUCUUAAAGUUCGCUGCUCACACUGGUGCUACCGCCAUUGCUGGUAGAUUCACCCCAGGUAACUUCACUAACUAUAUUACCCGUUCUUUCAAGGAACCAAGAUUAGUUAUUGUCACUGAUCCAAGAACCGAUUCUCAAGCCAUCAAGGAAUCUUCUUAUGUUAACAUUCCAGUUAUUGCUUUAACUGACAUGGACUCUCCAUCUGAAUACGUUGAUGUUGCUAUCCCAUGUAACAACAAGGGUAAGCACUCCAUCGGUUUAAUCUGGUGGUUAUUAUCCAGAGAAGUCUUAAGAUUAAGAGGUAUCAUUCCAGACAGAACCACUGACUGGUCCGUCAUGCCAGAUUUAUACUUCUACAGAGACCCAGAAGAAAUUGAACAAAAUGCUGCUGAAGAAGCCAAGACUGAAGAAGUUGAAGAAGCCGAAGCUCCAGAAGCUGAAGGUGAAUGGGCCGGUGAAACCGAAGAAGUUGACUGGGCUGACUCUGGUGCCACCCCAGCUGUUGAAGAUGCUGCUGCUUCUAACUGGUAA